AUGUGGCGGGAUAGGACGAACCUCUAUAUUUCUUAUCGGCAGUCCUAUGCUCACCAUCCUGCAAAGAAGCCACGAUUUUUAGGCCCAUCUUCGAAUGGAUUUGCGGACCAUGGCUCAGAAGAGAGGAGAGGGCUGAUGUCUGCUGGAGCAUACGAGGACGAUGGAGACGCAAUUAUCGAGAUGGAUCUGCUUCCUCCGAGGUGGCUUGACGUCCAGGAUGAAGUGACCGAGAUCCUUACAGAGUUGACGCUCAAGUCCGCAAAGCUCGACAAGCUGCAUCAGAAGCACGUACUGCCCGGGUUCGAUGAUGAACACAUCAAGCAGGAGGAGGAGCGAGAAAUCGAGAAGCUGACACAAGAGAUUACUAGAGGCUUUCACGAGUGCCAGAGGGCAAUCAAGAGGAUCGAGAAGAUGGUCAAAGAAGCACAGACAGCAGGAUCGCUAAGCAAAGGAGAUGAGACCAUGGCCAGGAAUAUCCAAAUCGCUCUAGCAGCGAGGAUUCAAGAAGUCAGCACAAGGUUCAGGAAAAGGCAGACCAAUUACUUGAACAAAAUGCGUGCCCUGGGGGGCUUCGAGCUACCAUUUCAACGUACUUCAACUCCAGCGCAGAACCCCUACUCAGAUCCCGCCCUCCUAGAGUCCGAGGCAGACAAAUCCUUUUCGCAAUCGACGCUUCAGCAGACUGCACAAAAGCGCUUCCAAAGCAACGAUGCAGUUAUUGCACAGCGUGAGCGCGAGAUCAAUGAUAUUGCCAACGGCAUUGUUGAACUGUCAGAAAUCUUCCAGGACCUGCAGAAUAUGGUGAUAGAUCAGGGGACAAUGCUGGACAGGAUCGACUAUAAUGUGGAAAGAAUGGCUGUUGAUGUCAAGGCGGCCGAGAAGGAAUUGAAAACUGCCACAGGUUACCAACGCAAGUCCAUGAAGCGAAAGAUUCUGCUACUAUUACUCCUCCUCGUCAUCGGCCUCUUUAUCAUCCUACUCAUCAAGCCAAAGAAAUCGUCACAAUCCAAAGCUCCACCAGAACCGGAAGAACCUACCUGA